CAAAUGAGCUUGACCUUUUCUCUAUAGAUGGAACCAAGUUCAUGAUAGGCGGUGAACCCGGAAAUCAAACUCAAUGUUGUGAGGUCGUCACGCUGGGUAGCGUUUGGAAAUGGCGUUUGUUUUGUUUAUUAUUAACAUUCCAAAUGAUUCAGGCGUAGUUGUGAACGCCAAGGAUGGACGGGAAGAAGAUGGAGACCUGGAGGAGAGCGUGGACCCCAAAGAGAGCGUGGACCCCAAAGAGAGCGUGGUCGAUCCGCCCUCACAAAGUGACCAACCCCGGACUGAGACUUCUUCACAGACUGUAGACGAAUCCGAGAAAACACCGGUUGUAGAGCCAGAUGCUCGACUAUCUGAGACAGACAUUGAAGUAGAUGCUGUGCCUGAUACAGAGGAAAGUGAAUGUGUGCCAGAAUCGGCUGAGAAACAAUCAGGGGAGAUAACUGGUGAAGCACAAGAACCCACAGACAAACCAGAAUCAGACAGUGUUGAAGCAGGGAGCAUAUUUGUAGAUUUUCUAGGUGAAGAUACAUUGAAAGAUAGAUUGAAAGAGACACUCAUCUCCCUACAGAUUGACAAUGCAGUCUGGCAGACAUCUCCCGAAGAAAAUAUUGUUCAGGUGUCCUUUGUUGAGGAGUCUGGACUGAGAUGUGAAGAAAUCAUCACUCGCCUUUCCAAUAUUGGUAUUGGGAGGAACCCAAACACCACCGUCAGUGUAUUUCCGACAUCAAUCCAUCUCCGCUACGAGCCAGCACCCAGUGAGGAAUCAGAGGUUCUAGAAAACUUUGAACCGAACUACAUAGCUAAGGAGGAAAAGGAACAUGAAUUCAGGGAUUCAAUCAAGUCAAGAUUGGUUGUGGCUCAGGUGGUUGAGUCAGUUCAGAGUAAUGCAAGGCUGACAUUUGAUUAUGUCAUGCUCAUCUUCCUAGCAAGCUGGAUAGCUGCUCUGGGUCUGGGAGAGAACAGUUCUGUGAUUUUAGUAGCCAGUAUGCUUAUAUCUCCACUUAUGGGUCCUAUAUUAGCAGGGAUUUUCGGCUCAGUUGUGAAGUAUGAUGACCUCAGGAACACUGGCAUCAAGUCUGAACUCAUUGGCCUGGGAAUAUGCCUUGUCUUUGGUCUGUUUGCUGGCUUUAUCUAUGGUGGACUGGGUGUACAUGGACAACUCCUAGGUAACUCGGACUCAUGGCCGACGCCUGAAAUGGCAUCAAGAGGUGUCCAUCGAAGUCUUGCUGUAGGGCUGCUAAUUGCCAUCCCCUCGGGGGCAGGCGUGGCCCUGUCGAUCCUGGGGGGCAAUGCUGGCUCCUUGGUGGGUGUGGCCAUCUCAGCCUCUCUCCUACCCCCAGCUGUUAAUGCUGGAAUGUUGUGGGCUCUAUCAAUAACAGCUGCAAUAGCGCGCCUCCAGCCUUGGUGCAGAUAAAUACACCAUCAGUCAUGAUGUAUGACACAAAUAAAACUUCACUUGUGAACAAUACAGUUUCUCAAGUACCAAAUACAACCUGUGUGCCUUUCCUGGACAAUACUUACCGACCAACCUACAGCUG